UUGACCGAGCGAUCAAACAACCGCAGUUGCCCCGCAGAGCUCGCGGCAGAUAGACGUAUUUUAGUUUAUAUUUACGCGUCCGUUUCGCGGUAGAUUUAAAAAAAAUGGCACCAAUUGAUCCAAGCAAGACACCAAUCGUCUGGGUUCUGGGGGGGCCUGGGUCGGGCAAGGGUACGCAAUGCGAGAAGAUCAUCGCGAAGUACGGGUUCACUCACCUCUCGACCGGCGACCUGCUUCGUGCCGAGGUAAAGAGUGGUUCCGAGAGAGCGAAGACCCUCACAGCCAUCAUGGAACGGGGUGAGCUGGUCCCCAACGAUAUUGUUCUGGACCUGCUGAAAGAGGCGAUGUUGGCGAAGGCUGGUGAAGCGAAGGGCUUCUUGAUCGACGGCUACCCCCGCGAAAAGUCACAAGGAAUCGCCUUUGAACAAACCAUUGCGCCAGUUUCUGUGAUAAUCUACUUCGAAGCGUCAUCAGAGACGUUGACCAAGAGGCUGCUCGGGCGCGCGGCGAACUCGGGGCGCGCCGACGACAACGAGGACACCAUCAAACUGCGCCUCAAGACCUUCCUCGAGAACAACGACCAGGUGCUCGCGCAGUACCCCGACAAGCUCAAGAGGAUAAAUGCCGAAGACACCGUCGACUCGAUAUUCAACCAAGUCACUCAGAUCCUGGACCCGCUGGUCGCUGCUUAAGAUGACUCUUUGUUAAAUGUAUAUAAUGUAUUAAUUAAUUCUACGGCCUGUUAACUGAUUAUAUUUUUAUUUCGUUUAAUAAAAAACAUAUUUUUA